AUGGGCAACAGUGAUUAUGAUUUGGGGGAGCUUCUGAUGGUUCUUGGGGACCUCCACGUCCCUCAACGCUCUCUCUUUCUUCCUCCCUGUUUCAAGCGCCUUCUCAAGACCGACAAGAUUAAAAGGGUCGUUUGCACGGGGAAUGUCGGUUCCGAGGACAUGCUGGACCUUUUGAAGGACAUUUCUCCCACCCUUUACAUCGUUCAGGGCGACUAUGAUUCCGACUUCAAGCAUCCGGAAACCCUCACAUUCUCAGUAGGCGAUCUCAAAAUUGGUGUCAUCAACGGGUACCAGGUGCCGAUUUGGAACAACAAGGACAUGCUGCUCAAGGUCGCCGUCGAUAUGAACGUGGACAUUCUAGUCUACGGCCACACCCACAUGAGUGACAUUUCAAAGUACGGCGGCAAGAUUUUUGUCAACCCUGGGUCCGCAACAGGCUGCUUCCAGCCUUGGCAGCCCAACUCGACUCCCACCUUUAUGCUCAUGGCCAUUCACGGCUCAAAGAUUGUAAUAUAUGUUUAUGAGGAGCACGACGGCGAGGCUCAGGUGAUCAUGAGUGAGCUCGACAACGUUGAGUCCUCUGGCGUUAAGGCCUCAAACUCCGCUGAGUCGCCCCUUCCGACCCCUAAAAACUCGCAGAACUCCGCUGAGUCUUGA